ACCCGUCAAUUGAGAGUCUCGCGAGAACGAGACCACUGAAUCCUCCAACUGGUCCAUCCAAAGAAGACGAAGGAGUAAAAAGCAAAAUGGCGUUUCACAGAGAAGGCCUAAACGUGGCCACUGGCCAUUAUUGUUUCUCUAUUUGUAUUUAGUGCAUACAUGUACGCAUAUAUGUCGUGUAGUAGAUGAAACAUUGUUAGUCAUUGUUUGUAUCCGGAUACAUUAGACUGAGCGCACUUUAUGUGCUAGCUUAGCUUGCUAGUUAGCUUAGCUUGUUAGCUGCUAACAAAGAUACGCGGACGUUAUCAACACGUCGCUAAGUAGAGAUCAAAUGUGAGUGUCAAGUGUUGUGUGUGAAAAUGUGCGAAAGAACGAUAGCAAAGUAUGAGGAGGAACUUUGUCCAACAAAAGAGGAGAAGGAGCGACAACAUCAACUAUGGACGCUGUUUUCAAGAAAUAUCAAGUUGUGUUACACAGAGCAGACGUCCAGCAGCCCCCUCACAUUAAAGAGGAAGAGGAGGCUCCACAGCCCCCCCACAUUGAAGAGGAGGCUCCACAGCCCCCGCACAUUAAAGAUGAAGAAGAGGAAGUGUGGAUCACUCAGGAGGGAGAGUGUCUUCUAGGGCAGGAGGAGGAUGAUGUCACCAAGUUUCCACUGACUGUUGUCUCUGUGAAGACUGAAGAGCAUGAAGACAAACCACCUGAGUCCUCACAGCUUCAUCACAGUCCAAACGUCUGUAAAGAACAACUUCUGCCUGAAAAACAGGAGUGUAGUAACUUCAGGAUGGUGAAAGAGAAUCCAUCAAAGAAGACCAGGCACCACAGACCCUCUGGUGUCUCCUUGUCCUCUUUGACACAGACCCUUUCCUGUAAAAAGGAAGAGGAAGACUCACUGACGCCCCACCUAAAACAGGAAGAGGAGGAACACAGCAUCAGUCAGGAGGGAGAUCAUCUUGAAGGACUGGUGGAGUUCCCAGUGACUGGUGUCCCUGUGAAGAGUGAAGAUGAUGAGGUCAAAGGUGAAAGUGAGGAGAAGAGAGAGGUGGAGCCUCCAAGCAGCAGCUCAACACAACACAUGACAACAGAAGCUGAUGGAGACCACUGUGGAGGAUCACAAGCAGACCAGCUCUUAGCUCCACUAUCAGAUAGUGAGGACACAACGUCACACUCUCCUGACACUAAUGAUGAACAUGAUAAGACAUGUCACACUGACAACACUCACUUUAAAUGUUCUCACUGCGACAAAACCUUUAAACCCCUUAGUCAUCUGAAAAGACACAUGAGAAUACACACUGGUGAAAAACCUUUUUCUUGUUCAAUCUGUGGUAAAGGUUUUGUAGAAAGUUUUAAAUUAAAAAUACACAUGAGAACACACACUGGUGAAAAACCGUUUAUCUGUUCAAUCUGCAGUAAAGGUUUUAUAGAAAGUUGCACAUUGAGAGUACACAUGAGAACACACACUAGUGAAAAACCUUUUUCUUGUUCAAUCUGUGAAAAAGGUUUUGUACAAAGUCAUAAUUUCAAAGUACACAUGAGAAUACACACUGGUGAAAAACCUUUUAUCUGUUCAAUCUGUGGUAAAGGAUUCGUACAAAGUCCCAAAUUGAAAGUGCACAUGAGAAUACACACUGGCGAAAAACCUUUUUCUUGUUCAAUCUGUGGUAAAGCUUUUGCACAAAGGUCAUGUUUGAAAAUACACAGAACAACACACACAGGAGAAAAAAUAUUUAUUUGUUCAAUCUGUAGUAAAGGUUUUGUUCUAAGUAACUAUUUGAAAGUGCACAUGAGAACACACACUGGUGAAAAACCUUUUUCCUGUUCAAUCUGUGGUAAAGGUUUUGUAGAAAGUUUUAAAUUAAAAGUGCACAUGAGAACACACACUGGUGAAAAACCUUUUAUCUGUUCAAUCUGCAGUAAAGGUUUUGUAGAAAGUUGCAAAUUGAAAGUACACAUGAGAACACACACUGGUGAAAAACCUUUUUCUUGUUCAAUCUGUGGUAAAGGUUUUGUUCUAAGUAAAUAUUUGAAAGUGCAUAUGAGAACACACACCGGUGAAAAACCUUUUAUCUGUUCAAUCUGCAGUAAAGGUUUUGUAGAAAGUUGCAAAUUGAACGUACACAUGAGAACACACACUGGUGAAAAACCUUUUUCUUGUUCAAUCUGUGGUAAAGAUUUUGUUCUAAGUAAAUAUUUGAAAGUGCACAUGAGAACACACACUGGUGAAAAACCUUUCUCUUGUUCAAUCUGUGGUAAAGGUUUUGUAGAAAGUUGCACAUUGAAAGUACACAUGAGAACACACACUGGUGAAAAACCUUUUAUCUGUUCAAUCUGCAGUAAAGGUUUUGUAGAAAGUUGCAAAUUGAAAGUACACAUGACAACACACACUGGUGAAAAACCUUUUUCUUGUUCAAUCUGUGGUAAAGGUUUUGUUCUAAGUAAAUAUUUGAAAGUGCAUAUGAGAACACACACCGGUGAAAAACCUUUCUCCUGUUCAAUCUGUGGUAAAGGUUUUGUACAAAGUCACAAUUUGAAAGUACACAUGAGAACGCACACUGGUGAAAAACCUUUUUCUUCUUCAAUCUGUGGUAAAGGUUUUGUGUUAAGUGAAUAUUUGAAAGUGCACAUGAGAACACACACUGGUGAGAAAUAUUUCACAUGUUCAAUCUGCAACAGAAGCUUUUGUAAGCGAUCAAACCUUGUAAGACACAUGAGAACACACCCAGGAGAGAAAGUGUUGAGUUGCAGUGUGUGUGGUGAAAGAUUCUCUUCUAAGUACCAGUGUAAGAAACACAAGUGUGCUGGUGAGAACAGCAGCAGCAAAUGAAACUGCAGGAUUUGAAAUAAACUGUCAAGACUUUAAUGUUGACUUUCUAACAACAUCAGCACAUAUAACAUGUGUGACAUUGUUGUUUGUGUAACAAUCUUUUUAAUAUGCUUCUACAUUUAUAGAUUAGAUAUUUUAUAUUGGUGCUUUUUUAAUUAAAGUGCAACAUUGUGUACUUUUAUUAAACAUUGAACAGAACAAUUUGACUGAAAAGGUAAUAGUAAACAGUACAAGACAUAUUUUACAUACAAUAAACAUUUUAUGUGUAUAUAUAUAUUCAUAAUACAAUUUUAGACUUAUUCGUAAUAGUGUUUUUUAUAGGUGUUUGAAAUAUUGAAGUAUUACAUAUUUCUAAUUGUUAAUGAUCCCAUAGAUUAGCACCUUUAUAUGAUAUACAUAUGUACUGGUUCACAUCUGAAACAUCUUCUGGACCACUUCAGGAAGCAUAUUGUUAUUUACUUUAUACAUCAUUUGAACAGUUGUCUUUUAUACAAUUUUAAAAAUGUGUAACUAUUAAUCUUUUGUUGGGUCUCUAUAAUCCAUUUCAUUAAUCAUCUUUAUUACUCUCUUGUAAUAUGAUUGUGUGGUGAUUGUUUUAUAUGUAUGUACUCGGACAUUUAUGCAAUAAAAACGUGAG